UUGUUAUCAGCACAUGUUUUGGAAUUCUAUGUAUGUGGAAAUUUAGUCGUUUUAGAACCUAUUGUGUAGCAGCCUGAUUCAAGGUUACAUUAUAUAACUUUUUGUAUUUAUAAUUGAGAUUAUCAGUGUUUGCAAAUGAUUAAUAGACGUUUAGUUAGAGGUGUUUUGAGUGUCAUUAGAGAGAAAACAUUCCAGCAGACGAGAGGCAUCUCCAGUAACAAAAUGGACAUCAACAAGUUCGGAUUACCAGCAAGGUUUGCUGGAAGUGUAAAAAGUGUUUGGGUGGAGUAUAUCCAAUUGGCACAAGACUUUCCCUCGAUUAAUUUGGGGCAAGGAUUCCCUGACUUUGGCCCACCCGAUCAUGUAACACAAGGCUUGAAGGAAGUGGCUGAAGGUGAAAAUGUGCUCUUACAUCAAUACACCAGAGGCUUUGGUCAUGUCAGGUUGGUUAAAGCCAUUGGAAAAUUAUACUCGAAACUCAUCAACAGGGAAAUCGAUCCAAUGAAUGAAGUUCUCAUCACUGCCGGAGCUUAUGAGGCUCUCUACUCAACCAUUGUUGGGCAUGUGGACGAUGGUGAUGAAGUUAUCAUAAUUGAGCCAUUCUUUGAUUGCUAUGAACCUAUGGUUAAGAAUGCCGGUGGCAUUGCCAAAUUCAUUCCAUUAAGAUUUAAACCGAAAGGUGAACCCACCGGUCAUGCCUCCGAUUGGACUUUGGAUAAGGACGAACUGUCGAAGCUGUUCAACGCGAAAACGAAAGCCAUCAUUUUGAAUACACCCAACAAUCCCUUUGGAAAGGUUUUCGACAUGGAGGAAUUGCAGUUCAUCGCGGAUUUGUGCAAGAAGUGGAACGUUCUCUGCAUCUCCGAUGAAGUCUACGAGUGGAUCGUUUACAAGCCGCAUACGCAUAUUAGAAUCGCUACUUUGCCUGGUAUGUGGGAACGUACUAUAACUAUUGGUUCUGCGGGAAAGACUUUCAGCGUGACCGGCUGGAAAGCCGGAUGGGCUUACGGACCCUCCAACCUGAUGAAGAAUCUGCAAAUCGUGCAUCAGAACUGCGUGUAUUGCUGCGCCACCCCCAUUCAGGAAGCUCUGGCGAUGGCUUUCGAGAAGGAAAUUGAAAAGUUCGGAACGGACGAUUGCUACUUCUUCAGUCUGCCCAAGGAGCUGGAAACGAAACGCGAUUACAUCGUGGGAAUGCUUAAAGACGUCGGAAUGAAACCGAUCAUCCCGGACGGCGGUUACUUCAUUGUCGCCGAUUAUUCGCCGCUAGAGUCCAAAGCGGAUCUCAGCAAGGAGACGGAUAAGUACAAGGAUUACAGAUUCACCAAGUGGAUGACGAAGGAGAUUGGCGUGCUGGCCAUACCGACGACCGCUUUCUAUAACGAGGCGAACAAACCGCUCGCAGAGAACCUGGUGCGAUUCUGCUUCAUGAAGAAAGAGGAUAAGCUCCAGAAAGCCGGAGAAGUGUUGCGCAAAUGGAAGUCAUCGUAGAUCUGCUCUCUCUCUCUCCAGUUUGCAUCUAUUGUAUAUACAAUCCUUGUUAUAUUAUCUGUUCGUUUUGAUAUAAUUUUAUUACUUGGAACUUGGUUUAUUGCUUUAUAUAGUUUAUUCCCAAUUGAACCUCUAUUGAACUCUCGCCAGUUUAUAGCAUCAUUUUUUAUACAUUAAAUCAAACAUGAGCUAUUAUUUUUCUUGAAAUUUGUUACAGAAAAAUUAGUAACAAAUUUGACGCAGUUUUCAUUGCAAUUUUCGUUGUCACAGAAAUUAUGAAACAACAUUAUACGUACAUUCAUUAAAUACCAUAUGUUUUCAAUUUUUAUAUUAUCUGUUCGUUUUGAUAUAAUUUUAUUACUUGGAACUUUGUUUGUUGCUUUAUAUAGUUUAUUCCCAAUUGAACCUCUAUUGAACUCUCGCCAGUUUAUAGCAUCAUUUAUACAUUAAAUCAAACAUGAGCUAUUAUUUUUCUUGAAAUUUCUAACAGAAAAAUUAGUAACAAUUUGACGC